UCGACCGGCUUGAGUACUGCUUACUCGGACCUUGGCCUGGAUAUUCCGGUUCCGAAUAUUAGAAAACUAUCUUGUGAUACCGGCAUCUGUCCAAACAAAUCUCAAGUUGCAGCUAGCAGCGAAUCAGGCUUUACCACGUAUGAACCAUCUAAAGGUUUAUUGACCCCAGAGCCAUCAGCGUCCAUCUUAGCUCCCACCGAAAAUGCCAAAGAUUCAUUUGUGGCUCUGCGACCGUGUGAUUCUACCUGUGUUCCUUAUGUUUUGGAGUCAGGAUCCUUGAAUCGUUCAGAAAAUUCGAAUCACGAUUAUUAUUUUGCCGUAGAGGAGUUAUCUCAAGAAUUCCCACUGGUCGAGCCCUCUUUAUCUCUAACUGGCGAAUAUUCUGAUCCUGCAAUAGUUAUGAGUUCCCUUCCUUCCCGUAACGGUGAUUCCUCCAACAAUUUUGACACUCCUGGAAUUCUUCCAUCUAUCCUCAAUACAAGAUUUAUAAAGACUUCGCCCGGAAAUUGUGCUAUGCAUCACCAAAGUGAUAAGUACUCUCUUUCUGAUGUGUGCUGCCCAGAUAUUGAGCCAUCCUUCCUACAAGCUGCUUCUCCCUCUUCCCCUGUCAGUAGUAUAGAGCAAAUGAGCGGUCAUAUUGAGGCAAACUUUACUCCUGAACAUAAUUCAUCUCGUUCCUUUUCAUCCAUUAGUAGCACAUCCUCGCCACUUUUGAUUGUCAAGCCCACUCCUUCCAAAUGUCAUCAAGUGAGGAUAGAAUAUAUUUUUUCCAUUGACUGCUUAAUCUCCAUCUAUAUAUUUUAG